AUGAAAUUGAAGGUUACGGAUAAUCAACAAUUAGAUAAUAAAGAAAUAAUAAAAGUUUUUAAUAACAUAAAAAUUUCUUUCAAUGAGACAAUAAAAAAUGAAGAAAAGAAAGAAUUUUUAAUAACAUUAUCGGAUUUCGUAUGUAAUGAUCUAAUCAGACGUGGUAAUCUAAUUAAUAAUAGAAAAAAUAUCCUUCGCCCGUUAUCUCCUCAUCUUCCUAUUUAUAAGCCACAGCUCACUUCGACGUUUCCAAUUUACCAUAGAAUAUCCGGGGCUUUCCUAGCCACUCUAGUUUUGUUUUUUUAUCUUCUUUGUCUGAAAAUAGGGUUGAUUUGCUUCACCUAUGAGAAUUUCUACCAAUUCUUUUUUUUUUCAUCCAAGCUCAUCCUAAUCUCCGUCGGGAUUACUGCCUUAGCCCUGUCCUAUCAUCUGUAUAAUGGAGUUCGUCAUUUAUUGACGGAUUUUUCGGGAUUUCUCUUUCAAUGCUUUAGAAUUGGAAGAAGUUGA